UAUUCGUGUCGCUGAUCUUGCGAGAAUAUUGUGAAGAUAUACUCUGACACUCUGACGUGACGUUGAUCUUGGCUCAUGUGCUUGAGACGUGAGGCUGACAUCCGGACAAGCCAGAGGCCACCGUUACCCGCCAAACCAGCGGCUCAAGCUCAAUCGUAUCUCGUCUGCCGCCCACCCGAACGCCGCACGGACGCGGCACACGGCGGCUAAUCGAGCGGCAUGAGGAGCUCGGCGGGGCCGCGCGCGGCGGGCGACGUCGACUUGGAGCUGCUCAAGGCGGUGGCGCAGGCGUGGCACGCGCACUCGGGCAACCCGCGGCCGUCGCGGGCGUCGGAGACUGGCGGCGACGACAGCGACGCGCCCGGCGCCGGCGGCGCGCGCACCCGCGCGGGCGCGUCGCGGCACCGGCCGUCGCGGUUCAAGCUGGAGGCCAUGGCCGCGGCGGCCGCCGCCGCGGCAGCUCCGCCCCGCGAGGCGGCGUGGGACUUCGCGCGGUCGCUGUGGGACACGUACGAGCUCGUCAGCGUGGCGCGGAAGCUCGAGUCCGGUCUCGUCAUCGCCGACCACGCCGCCGCGGCGCCGGCCGUGCCGCGGGGCGGAGACGCGCGGGGAGCAGGGAAGCGGGCCAAGGAGAGCGGGCGCAGCUUGAGGAGCCUGUUCCUGCGCUCCACGUCCAGGAGGUUCGGGGAACCAAACAGCUAAGAAUGCACAUUUGAGGUCUGUGGCAUCGCAGUUGUCAAGUUUGCUCAAAUUUCAGAAAUGGCAAGAAAGAAAACAGAUACAUCAGCACCCCAUAUUCCCAUGUCUUUCAAAGUUUUCAGCAUCUGAACGAGCUCAGUAUGAAUUCCAGCGCUGCUGCACUGGUCGAUUUGGGUAAAGCAUUUCGAGGUUCAAAUUUCAAUUAACAUUCACUU